AUGCUGAUAUCUCUAUUGACCGCCUUGGUGGCAUUUUCUCUUUAUUAUUAUCUGCACGUACGCCAUCUCUUCAGCCCUUUCCGAAAUCUUCCGUCACCCUCUCAAGGAGCUAUCUGGACCAGACUGCUUCACGAACCCCGAUUGCCCGAGAUUGAGCACUGGAUCGACACAAUUCCCAACAAAGGUCUCAUCAAGUAUCAUGGACUUUACAACCGAGAACGCGUGUUCAUCACGAGCCCAGAGGCCGCAAGAGAAUUUUUGACUGUGGCACCGUACAAAUUCGUUAAACCCGAGCUCCAGUCUAUUCUAUCGGAACUCAUUUCGGGGCGUGGGCUGCUCACACUAGAAGGGGAGGAGCACAAGCAAGUCCGCAAACGACUAAAUCCAGCCUUCAACCAGGCCAACCUGAGGGCCUGGUUCCCUACCUUGUGGAAAACCGCUAUCAAAGCCCUCAACACAAUUCCUCUUUACACUGUUGUCGAUAACAAUCUUGCUCCGGCCGGCAGCCCGAAAGCCUCGUUUGCCAGUGCCACAUCGAUUCAAAUACCGAUAGCUGCAGCCAGUAUCGAUAUGAUUGGUCACUUUGGAUACAAUGUGGAGUUUGAUACCAUCAAGAUAAUGGCAUCAAGCAAGCUUCAGUCUGAUGCCCGACAUUCCAAGGACAAAAGAAGGAGGUUUGGCCGCGCAUUCCUACACAUGUUCAAAACAACGCGCCACGGCCAAUUGACACUCGAAUUAGCGUCUAUUAUUGGGCCAAAGAUUGCACUUAAAAUACCACUGCGUGCGGUUAGGACCAUUAAAAGCAUUAUGGGGCUAUUCUACGAUAUGAUGCGGGAAAUUGUUGAAGAACAUGAGCGCGCUGAAGGUGAAGGUGAAAAGCAAGCGCAGGGGCCCACAGACAUCCUCACGCACGCAGUCCGAUCCGGAGUGCUGUCACAUGCCGACCUCAUUGAAGAGGGCGUCCAUAUGAUCUCUGGGGGCACCGAAACGUCGAUAGGCACUGCGACCUGGGCGAUGCACCUUCUAUCAAGACACCCGGAGGUCCAAUCACGUCUCCGUGACGAGAUCAGGGCGAACAUACCAUCGCCCUAUGAUUAUGUUAGGACCGAACGGGUAGGGCAGGCCGAUCUGCGCAGCCUGCCAUACUUAAACGCUGUCGCCAACGAGGUCCUCCGCUACCAUUCUGUCAACGGUCUUCUUUGGCGCGACUGUAUCGAACCUGUCACGAUUGCUGGUGUACCCAUCCCCAAGAAUACAACGAUGGUCUUCUCGCCAUGGGUCCUGAACCGUGACCCCAGACACUGGGGCCGCGACGCCCGUAUUUUCAACCCGGACCGCUGGGUCAAAACUCCUACUACUGGCGGCGCUGAUCAUCCGUAUUCCUUCAUGACUUUUGGGGGAGGGCCUAGGCGAUGCAUUGGCGAACAGUACGCCCGUGACCAGUUGCUUUGUGUCAUCUGCGCCUACAUCGGCCGCUAUGAGCUCUUGCCUCUGGACCCGGUGAAUGGCUCAGAUGAAGGUACCGAAAUUGGCGACAACUUUGCUUUGACACUUUUUAAGAUUUUGGACGGGUGGAAGCUGCAUGUUAGAACGAUCCCCGGGUGGUAA